AUGACCUCGGAUCAGGUCGACGACUUCAAGAAGUCGCUCCGUCACACAAACAUUGAUCGGUUCCACAAGGCGCUUGAUAGACUUCGCGACAGGAACGCUAAAACCGUAGAGACUCCGGAAGAAGCGGAAGAGCUCGAGACUAGAAUUAGGAAGAUCAAAAACCACACCCGUUCCGGUAGAGUGCACGAGCAUGGCGAUUCUCUGAGCCAGGUUAAUGAAGAAGCCGGUGUCGCGGAAAAUCUCUACCAAGGCGAUAUUGCGCUUGAUGAUACCCAAGUCGACCAGAUUCUCGGAGAUUAUCUUGACGGUCCGUCAGUGGCAAGAAAGAAAAGACAGGCUUCUGCUAUCUACACUCGUUGGUCGCCAGCUUUCUACUAUUACUUUGACUCAUCCCUGUCGGCAGCGGCUCGCAACGUUGCGCAGCUGGCUAUUGACUUCUGGCAAAACUCGACUUGCAUUACUUUUGUUCAAAGCACGACCAAUGCUAACCGAGUGCGCUUCUUCACUGGUCAGGGCUGCUAUUCGUACAUUGGAAUGAUCGGUGGUGUCCAGGAUUUGUCACUCGGUGCCGGUUGCGAAAGCGUUGGUACUGCUGCUCACGAGAUUGGGCAUGCGCUUGGGUUCUACCACGAGCAGUCUCGACACGAUCGUGAUAAUAUGAUCUCGUUGAAUCGUGCCAAUAUUGCUGCAUCGGCUUUGGAUCAAUUCAAUAAGGAGACUACCGCUACUAACAACAACUACGGUAUGCCAUACGACUACGGUAGCGUGAUGCAGUACAGUGAGGGUGGAUUUUCGAGUAAUGGGCAACCAACUAUGAUUGCUAAGAUCACGCCAUACCAAGAUACCAUGGGUGGAGAUUUCGUCUCUUUCUACGAUAUUUCCAUGAUGAAUCAGCAUUACCAGUGCAAGGCCAAAUGCACGUCGGGGGCCACCUGUCUAAAUGGGGGUUUCCGGAAUUCCCGGAAUUGCGCGGCUUGUAUUUGCCCGUAUGGAUGGGGAGGCGCAACAUGUAACCAGAGGACACCCGGUUGUGGGUCUGAUUUGACGGCAACUGCUACGGUGCAGACCUUGUCGACUUCAGUUGGAGCUGGUACAGCUGUGGAGCAGCCAACAUUUGCUACGUGUAACUACAUGAUUCAGGCUCCGGUUGGCCAGAAAAUCGAAGUCGUGCUCACAGCUCUGGGCAGGCAACAAUGCAUUGCCGGAUGCCCCUACACCGGAAUCGAGCUGAAAGCUAUGAGCGACCAUCGCUACACCGGUAUCCGUUAUUGCUGCACUAACGAUGCCACUACAAAAAUCGUUUCUGAAGCUCAUCUGAUGCCCGUGAUUGUCUAUAAUCGUUAUUCUUCCAGCACCGUCACCCUGACCUACAGAUACGUGGCUGCGUCCACACCAUCGACAGUCACCGUCUCGCAAGUCCCAGAUGCCGGAGCAACUUAUACCGGAUCCAACGGCGGUACGGUUACCGUAGCAACCACAGCCAAGCCAUCCGGAACCUGUGCGGAGAAUGCCAACUGUGCCACCUGGAAUGCGAAUGGCUUCUGCGCUUCUACCGUCUAUACCCUUGCCGAUAAACAAGCAAACUGCCCAUCUACUUGUGGGCUUUGUAAUUCUGGAGUAUCCACGACCACCUCGAAGGCUGCUACCAGCGCCAAGGUGACAACAACAACCAAAAAGGCCACUGUCACAUGCACGGAUAAUGCCAAG